AUGCCUGCCAACAACCGCCCCCCGAGCCUUCCCUCGAUCCCCGACAUCGGGCUCGACCUAGACGACAAGAACACCCUCCUCCCAGAACUCGAGCAAGCCCUCAGCGCGACGGGCGCGUCCAGCAGCAGCAGCACGACAUUCGAAGAGGACGACGACGCGACCGUGUUUCGCCCAUCGCGCUCGCACAGCACUCGGACGGUGGUGAACCACGGCGGCAACAGCGCCAACAACAGCGCCAACAACAACAACCCGUUCCACGCGCCACAGCGCCGGAUUGUGCUGCCGUCGCGGUUCCCGUCGACUAGCAGCAGCCACUAUGCGCCGACGACUGCUACGACGGUGACGUCGGUGCCGCUGUCACCGAGACGGUAUGAUGUGACGUGCCAGGUGCAGCCAUUACAACUCCCCCCCUCCCAAAAAACCAUCUACGAAUCCUGGACCAUCACCUACCACCACGCCCCCCCUCCGCGCCCACACAUCCUCAUCCGAACCCUCGGCAUCACCCUCUUCCGCUCCCCGGCCCGCGACUACAUUCCCCGCAGCGAAGAAGGCGCCUCGAUCGUCUCCGUGGUGCCCAACACGCACUUCGGCCAAGACGAACUCGGCGCCGCCGUGGCGAUGCAUCAGCGUUCUGUUGCUGCGCAUUUGGCGCGUGUUCGGGAACGCAGAGCUCGUGGGCCGUUGGCUUGGUUCCGCCGGUCGUGCUCGUCGUCGUCCGGCACGACCAACAGGCGGUUGAGCAAACCGCGAAUUGCCGGGACGGGUACUGGGAGUGGUACCCCCUCGCACGUCCCGAACUCGGGUGGUGGUUUCCCAACGGGUAUGACGCCCGAAGUAGCCGCCGACGCGCUGGAGUAUGCGAGCGAUCUCGAAGCGCGGCUGCGCACGCUGGAUUGGAAAGUGCAGGACGAGAUCUACGAGCUGCUCGGUGAUCGGGUGCAGAGCAGCAGUAAUGCGUUUCGUCGACGGGAGUGGCGCGUUGUGGUGUUGACGGAGGUUCCGGGGGGGGAGUUGACGGAUGCGCCGACGGGGUUUGGGACGGCGGCUGUGGCGGAUUGUUUUUGUAAUGGUGCUGGUGCCGGGGCUGGGGGUAGUGGGGGUGGUAACGGUGGGAGGGCGGGGAAUGGGAUGCCGGUUACGGAGUAUAGGUUGAUUUUGAGGGGGACGGAGACAAAGGUGAAUGAUGCCGGUUGGGGGUACUAUAAUCGGUAUAGUCGGCCGUGGAAGGCGGCGGAUGAGAGGGAGAUUGGGGAGAGGAGACGGUGGUCGACUAUGACGGGGCGUGCCGGGGAGAAGUAUGUGGACUUUUAA